AUGGAGAGAAAUUUGGUUAAUAAAAAGGGCUUCAUUGAUGCAGCGUUGCAAAUACAAAUUGAAAAUGAAACGAAGAAAUGGCGAGCUAUUUUGAAGAGAAUUCUUUUUUGCAUAAAGUAUUUGGCUGAAGAAAAUCUAGCGUUAAGAGGACAUCGGGAAGGUCUUAAGGAAGAUGUUAAAAAUCCCGGUCAUUUAUUGAGUUUAAUGAAGCUGCUAGCUGUAUUCGAUUCCGUUAUGGAAGAGCACAUCAACUACUUAGAAAAUCAUCCCGGUGCAACAUCGUAUUUAUCCCCCACCAUACAAAAUGAGUUUUUACACUUAAUGGCAGAUUCCGUAAGAAAUAGCUUAUUAGGAAAAAUCAAAAAAGCUAAAUAUUACGGAUUGAUUUUUGAUUGCACUCCAGAUUCAGCACACCACGAACAAAUGUCGGAAGUGAUCCGAUAUGUAGAUAUUAACUUUACCGAUAAAACCGUCUCCAUAAAAGAAUCUUUUCUGAAUUUCAUUCGUAUAAAUAAAAAAGAUGCAGAAAGUUUAUCGGAGUGUAUCCUGCAACAACUGAAAAAAGACAAAAUGGAUGUACAAGACUGCAGAGCACAAUGCUACGAUAACGCAGCUGUAAUGGCUGGACAAAAGAAUGGUGUUUUUCAAAGAAUAAAAGAAAAAAAUAGCUUGGCCACAUUUGUUAACUGUGAUAACCAUUCUCUCAAUCUGGUGGGCGUGCAUGCGGCGAAGCAAGACGCUGUUAUGAUUACGUUUUUUGGGACAUUAGAUGCUAUCUAUGUGUUUUUCUCCCGAUCAACAAGCAGGUGGGAAAAACUGGAAAAAAUUAUUCCCACAAGUUUAAAAUCAGAGUCAGAAACAAGAUGGAGCUCCAGAAUCGAAGCAAUCAAACCAAUACAAAGUCAUCUUGACAAAAUAUUAAGCACAAUUCAGCAUAUGUCAGUUGACUUAGACGAAAGUUGUGAAACUAGAAGUGCAGCGACACUUCUUCUUGGUAGGCUUUUGACCUACGAAUUUUUUACUUUGUUGGGAUUUUGGAAUAAAAUUCUUACACGCAUAGAUCGUAUCCAAAAGAGGCUUCAAGAUACGAAAAUAAAUUUCCACGAAGCUGCAUUAGAUCUCAAAGCCCUUCGCAAUUUUUUUCAAGGUGAAAGGGAAGAAUUAGUUUCUGAAGCCAUAGAAAAAGGGAAUGAUCUUUGUAAAGAAUGGGACGUCCCUUUCGAAAAGCGGCAAAGACGCAUUCGAAGAAUGGCAGGCGAAAAGGAACGCGAUGUUGGUUUAACCGCAAAAGAGGAGAUAAAUAGAAUAAUGAAAAAUGCUUUAGAUCGGUUGGACCAGGAGAUGGACCAGAGAUUUGUAAGUCUUAAUGAUAUAGAUUCAAAGUUUGGGUUUUUAUUGAAUACCGAAGAACUUUUCUAUGGAAAAAAUUCCUUCACCUCCUCAUCUCAUGUUAAAAAUAAAUGCCACAAUUUGGCUAAUUUUUAUAACACUGAUGUUGAUGGAGGAGAACUAUAUGAGGAAAUAAUAGAUUGCCACAUGCUUUUAGCAAGUCGCACAGACUUAAAGAUAACAAAUCCUUUAGAUUUGUUAAAAUUCAUUGUUCAGUACGGCGAUGAAAGUGUUUUUCCAAACUUAAGAAUCGCUACACAGAUUCUACUCACAAUUGCUACGUCCAUUGCAAGUUGUGAGAGAUCCUUCAGUAAACUGAAACUAAUUUUGUCCUACUUAAGGACAACAAUGGGGCAACAAAGACUCUGUGACUUAUCGUUAUUGAGUAUAGAGAAGGAGGAAUUGAAAAUUUUUGACUUUGAGCACAUUAUCAACCAAUUUGCUUCAGUAAAGGCUAGGAAAGUCAAGUUCUAA